AUGCAGAGAAGAGUGCGAUACCAGUUUCUGAACUCUGAAGAGAAAGCAUCAUCAGCUGGUGAUCCUCUUGCAAUUGUCAAAGAGAUUGCAGAUCAUCCUGCUGCAAAGAAAGGUAUAAGGAGUUCGAUUGAGAUAGCUAGCAUCUUUGCUGGGCCUAUAUUAUGUAUGCAGAGAUUAAAACAGAUGUCCUUAAUCAAAGCAUGGGAAGAAGGCGAAAAGACAAAAGCAGAGAACAGAUCAUAUAAAAGGAUGUCUGCAGUAGGAUCAUGGGAAGAAAACAAAAAAUCUUCUGUUGAAGCGCAACUCAGAAAAAUUGAGGAGAAGUUUGAAAGAAAGAAAGCGGAAUAUGCUGAGAAAAUGAAGAAUAAAGUGGCUGAAAUUCACAAGGCUGGAGAAGAAAAGAGAGCGCUCAUUGAAGCCAAACAAAGAGAGGAGUCCCUCAAGGUGGAGGAGGCAGCUUCAAAGUUUCGUGAAUCCGGAUCUACGCCUAGGAGAUUGUUCGGGUGCUUCACCUGUGCUAACAAUCUUUUAUAG